UUUUGUUUGUAAACAGUCUUGAAUGCUGAGUUUUUGACACUAGUUAUCUUAAUGCAGUAUGUUUCCAAGGAAGAAGGUUUGAACAUAGUAGGAAACUUUGAUGGAAAAUUUGAAGCACUGGAUCUUGCAGAAUUAACUAAAAAACAACCAUGGUGGCGUAAGCUGUUUGGGCAGGAAUCUGGGCCAUCAGCUGAAAAAUAUAGUGUAGCAACCCAGCUGGUAAUUGGGGGUGUUACUGGAUGGUGCACUGGUUUCGUAUUCCAGAAGGUUGGAAAAUUGGCUGCAACAGCUGUAGGAGGUGGAUUCUUUCUCCUUCAGCUGGCAAACCAUACUGGAUAUAUCAGAGUUGACUGGCAAAGAGUAGAAAAAGACAUGAAAAAAGCCAAAGAGCAGUUGCAGAUUCGUAAGAAUAAGCAAAUACCAACUGAGGUCAAGAGCAAAGCUGAGGAGGUUGUAUCAUUUGUAAAGAAGAAUGUUCUAGUGACUGGAGGAUUUUUUGGGGGCUUUCUGCUCGGCAUGGCAUCCUAAGAACUUCACUUCAUUGUUCUGUUUUUAUUGUUGUUGUUUGUUUCUUGACAGCAGCUUCUACACUCCAAUAUAGGACAAUUGACACUCUUCUUCCUCCUCUUCUCCUGUGCCUUCCUCCCUGUUGUAGCAAACCUGAAUGGCAUUAAUAGGUUUCUUCUGGUACAAGGUUAAUACAGGCCUUCUCAAUCUUGACACAUUGGAAGAGACAAUAGAUGUUAACUCUUCCAGUACCCUCCUUACUUGGUUGGUGUGUAGCUUAGCAAGAAUGUUCCUUUUCCCCUAUGUAAGAUCCUUUUUCAAACUCAAUUUGGAAAAGCAGCAUGUAGUUACCUUAGUACAUGUUAUAUGGAAAGGAACCAAAUACAUUUGCCUUUAAGCAUGAAAGAUUUUUGUAUCUUGGUGUAUGUUUUCUUUUUAAAUUGGUUUUAGACUAUAGAAAGAGAGGUAUUUAUACUUGCUAUAAUUAUCUUGCCAAAAUGGCAAUGUAAGUACCAUAACUAAAAAUAGUGAAUAUUAAAUGAACUUAUGCUAAAGAUGUAUGAAGUAAUAUAAGUAUUAUAUAUAGUAGGUGGGUCUUUAUGGACACCAGCUGUAAGAACUUCAUGAAGUACAACAUUUAAGCAAGAAUUUUAAAUUUCUUUUACAUGAGUGCUCUAAGUGCAUGUACACCUCCGUGCCAGAAGAGGGCAUCAGAUCACAUUACAGAUGGUUAUAAGCCACUAUAUGGUUGCUGGGAAUUGAAUUCAGGACCUCUGGAAGAGCAACCAGUACUCUUAACUGCUGAGUAUCUCUCCAGUUCCUUAAGCAAGAAUAAAGAGAUGUUCCAGGCAUUCAGAAGUGAGAAUAGCACAUGUGUAAUAAAUUAUUUUCAUCAAAUGCAAUCUCCAUCAGAAUUAUUGUUUAAAAUAAAAUUGAUGUAUACUUUGCAUUUUUCCAUAAUAGCUAUUAUCAUGAUCUCAACUCCAACUAGAAAAUCAUCUUCCAGAAGCCAAGUCUUCUGUCACAUUCAUUGUACUCACAGGGCUUACUACUUAAUAGAUUUCAAAUAUUUUUGAAUAUAUUUAUUUGUAUAAAGAAAGCUCCCCAUUAAAAGUUAGAUUUACCCCAAAUGAGUUCUUAGCUAUGUAGAUAAUCCUUUGUGCAAUCCUGUAUUUUUAAGGUCAUACAUUGUACAUAAUUACUUUUUGACAUACCUUAACAAUAAUAUACUUUUGAAAAUCGAAACUACCAGUGGAUUUGUAAAACUACUUAGGAUUUACCUGUUUGCAUUUCCUCACUACAUUUUGAUUUUAUUUGAGCCAAUAUAAGUUAUUCUAUUUGUUGUAAUACAUGUUAAUCAUCUUUCCUUACAUGGUAGUAUAACCUACCUUGGUAUAUAUUUUUCUAAAAAAAAUUUAAGAUGAUUUUUCACUGUUUAUUAUAGAAACAUAAGAAGGUACAGUGAUUUCCCCAAGUAUCCAUUGCUUGCCUAUAGCAAUCAUGUAAUUGUAUUCAUCAAUUAUUAUAAAAUACCUGCCAUUUUAUUGUUUAUCAUAUGUAUUCAAUGCUAAAUAAGAGUUUUAAAAAACUUAAAAAUUGUGUUUUAAACUUUAAAAAAAUCAUACCUUUUUAUUACAGAAAAACUUUUAAAUCCUCAUUGUAUUAUUUAUAACUGUGUGUCAUCUGUUUUAUAGUACUCUGUAUUCUUCUUGGUGUUGUGCCAUUUAUAGUGAUUCUUGCUGUAGCCAUGUUGUUCUCCCUGUGUCUUAACAAUAUCAUUGGCAUGGUGACAGCAAAAGCUACUGCAAUGCCCCUUUGGGUAUGUGGUGGGGAGUGGUCAUCUAGUACCUCUCUAGUGGGUUGGUAGCUGACUUCUUAUUCAUCUGCUUUCUUUGUGACUAUUAGGGGGUACAACAAAGAUUAUUGGGUUAGAGUUCCUUCAAAAGGUUGUAAUAGGUAAUGGUCUAGACUCAGAUUCUACUCUUGUCUGAAAUAAAAUCUAUAAGUCUAUUCUGAA